AUGGAAAACAAACCAGAAGUUAUGUAUGACAUUCCACCAACAAGUGAAACUGCGACAGAAGCUAGAAACGAAAGUACAGCCAAUUCAUGCAUGGAACCAGCGCAAGAUGGCUGGAUAAUCGUAUCAAGAAAAACUGCCAAACAACCUAGAAACAAAAGUACUGCCAAUUCAUGCAUGAAACUAGUCAAGGAUCUCUGGUUAAACGAUUCAAAGAACAAGAAUUUUGUAUUCUCUCCAUUCUCAAUAGACACUGCUCUAGGUUUACUAGCUUCUGGAGCAAGCGGUGAAACAUUGAAGCAAAUAUUAUGCUUCCUCAACUCUGAAAGCCUCGAGAAUCUAAAUUAUGUUAAUUCUAAACACAUUGACUCGUUAUGCAAAACACAGAAGGAACCUAAACUUUCAGUGAAGGAUCCCAAACUUUCUUUUGUCAGUGGUGUUCGGGUCGAUGGAUCUUGUCCUAUUAAACCUUCAUUCAAAGAAGUUGCCACCGCUGUAUAUAAAGCAGAAGCAGAAACUGUGGAUUUCAAGAAUCAGAGCGAAAAUGUGCGGAUCGAGGUGAAUGAGUGGGUUAAACAGAAAACAAAUGGAUUAAUUCAAAAUCUUCUUCCCAACGGAUCAGUCGCUGCGCAUACAAAAUUUAUACUGGCGAAUGCACUCUAUUUCAAAGGAUGUUGGAAGGUAGAUCAAUUUACUAAGUCACUAACCAAGAAGUCGAUGUUUCAUCUCCUUGAUGGGAGAACAACAAUACAAGUACCUUUCAUGACAUCUACUGCAAGACAAUAUAUUACUUGCUAUGACAGCUUCAGAGUACUUAGACUCCCAUACAUAUGUUCAGCAACAAAUAAAAGUGCUUGUGCUCCAAGUUUUUCAAUGUAUAUAAUUUUACCUGAGCAACGAGAUGGGCUUGGUAAACUUAUAUCAAGGCAUCAAGAGCACUCCAGGAAAUUGGGCAUAGUUUUUCCUUUCGAUCAAUCAAAAGCAGAGUUGACGGAAAUGGUGAAUAUUGAUGGAACUAGUAACCUUCACAUUUCAAAAGUUUUUCACAGGUGUUUUGUUGAAGUUGAUGAAAAAGGAGCAGUGGCCGCUGCUUCUACUGCUUUUGUGGGGUCAAAUUGGGCCUGCGCGGCUCCAAAAGUUGUCCAUUUUGUGGCAGAUCAUCCUUUCAUGUUCAUUAUAAGAGAGGAGAAAAGUGGUGUGAGCGGAAAUGUGCGGAUCAUGAUGAAUAAGUGGGUUGAAAAGAAAACGAAUGGAUUAAUUCAAAAUCUUGUUCCUGCCGGAUCAGUCACUCCGAGUACAAAAUUUAUACUGGCGAAUGCACUCUAUUUCAAAGGAUGUUGGAAGGAAAAUCAAUUUAUCAAGUUCCUAACCAAGAAGUCGAGUUUCUAUCUCCUGGAUGGUAAAACAACAGUGCAAAUGAGUGUGGAAACAGGGGAAUUUAAAGUUCCGAAAUUCAAAAAAAAAAUUGACUUCGAAGCAUCAAGAGCACUUAAGGAACUGGGCGUAGAUUUUCCUUUUGAUCAAUCAAACGCAGAGCUGACAGAAAUGGUAAAUAUUGAUGGAACUAGUAAUCUCCAUGUUUCGAAAGUUUUUCAUAAGUGUUUUGUUGAAGUUGAUAAAAAAGGAACUGAAGCCGCUGCUUCUACUACUUUCCAGGGAGGGGUAAUUAUGGCCUACGUCGCUCCAAAAGUUGUCGACUUUGUGGCAGAUCAUCCUUUCAUGUUCAUUAUACGAGAGGAGCAAAGUGGUGUGGUGUUUUUUAUGGGACAUGUUAUUAAUCCAUUUUUAAAUUAG